AUGGGAACGUUCCAGACAUUGAGAAAGGCCUACGGAGCUCUCAAAGAUUCCACCAAAGUUGGCCUUGCCAAGGUCAAUAGCGAAUACAAGGAAUUGGACAUUGCGAUUGUAAAAGCUACAAGUCACGUCGAAUAUCCUCCUAAGGAACGUCACGUUCGAAAGAUAUUCUAUGCCACAUCGGCGCACCAACCACGGGCAGAUGUAGCUUAUUGCAUUCACACGCUUUCGAAAAGGCUUUUCAAGACGCGGAGUUGGAUAGUUGCUUUGAAGACAUUGAUAGUGAUUCAUAGGAUAUUGAGAGAGGGUGAUCCUAGCUUCAAAGAAGAUCUUGUAAACUACUCACACAGGGUACAAUUUCUUCAAAUUUCCAGUUUCAAAGAUGACUCAACCCCUCUAGCCUGGGAUUGUUCUGCAUGGGUUCGAACCUAUGCACAAUUUUUAGAAGAAAGACUUGAAUGUUUUAGAAUUCUUAAAUACGACAUCGAGUUCGAGCGUUUAACAAAAUCAUCACCGGCUUCAACUACGUCACAUAGCAGAACAAGGACGUUGAGCAGUGAUGAGCUGUUGGAGCAGCUUCCGGCAUUGCAGCAACUUCUUUACAGACUUGUUUGCUGUCAGCCUGAAGGAGCAGCUUUCAGCAAUUAUCUAAUACAAUAUGCAUUGGCCCUGAUAUUGAAAGAGAGCUUCAAAAUAUACUGUGCCCUCAAUGAUGGAAUCAUAAAACUUGUGGAUGUGUUCUUCGAAAUGCCGAGAUUCGACGCAGUAAAGGCUUUGCAUGUUUAUAAAAGAGCUAGCCAACAGGCUGAACAUCUUGCUGAUUUCUAUGAAUACUGCAAGGGUUUAGACCUUGCUAGGAAUUUUCAAUUUCCAAUUUUGAGACAGCCACCACCUUCUUUUGUGUCCACAAUGGAAGAAUACAUUAAAGAAGCACCUAUAUCUCGCAACGAUGUUAAGAGAUUGGAAUAUCAUGAAAAUGAUCAAUCGCCAAAAAAAGAACCAGAACAAAAAGAAACCGAAGAACCUGAAGCAGUUGAGGAAGUCAAGGAGGAAGAACAUGUUGAACAAGUUGAGGAACAAGUUGAAGAAGUGGCUGAACUUCCUCCUCUUAUAUCAACUGAUGGUGAUGAUGAUUUGCUGGGUCUAAAUGAAAUAAAUCCAAAAGCACAAGAACUAGAGGACUUAAAUGCUUUGGCCCUAGCAAUUUUACCACCUGGUGGUGGAAAAAAUUCAAAUAGUCUCGCUUUGGCUAAUUUAAGUGGAACUACUGGUUGGGAACUUGCACUCGUUACGACACCAAGCAACCACACGAGCCAAGCGCCCGGUCGCAUAAUGGCUGGUGGGUUUGACAAGCUAUUGCUAGACAGUUUGUACGACGACGAAAAUGCACGGAGGCAACUUCAACUCCAGAAUGCAGGUUAUGGAUAUGGUGGCACUGCCACGACAAUACAUAAUCCAUUUGAUAAUUAUAGUCACCAGGAUCCAUUUGCAUUAUCAAACAAUAUAGCGCCUCCGUCUAACGUACAAAUGGCAUCAAUGGCACAACAACAGCAUAUGAUGUUCCAACAACAUCAACAGCAACACAGCAUGAUGAUGGGACCUUAUCAGCAGCAGAAUCCAUUAACUCAGUACCCUCAACAGAUGCCAGUUAUGAGUUCUUUUAAUCCAUUUGGAGAUCCUUUACCUGUACCUAGCUAUUCUUAUAGUCCCAUGCACCACCAUCAAGGGAACUACAAUAUAUUGUAG